AAAGCUGUGAGAGUUCAAAACACCUUGCCCCCAGGUCAUGCCAGAAUAUAUGUAUAUAUAUGUUAAUUUGUUAAUUAAUAAUUAGUAUGAUUCCAGAAUUCCAGAUCAGAAAAACAAUUUGAUUCUCUAAAUCAUAAAAUGGAAAAAAAUAAUUAAAAAGUUGAAAAAAACCAAGAAAAUCGGAAAAAAGAAAAGAAUAAAAACGAUGAGGAAAAGUCUCCUUCCUCAUGUUGUUGAACCGUAAACCGAAAACGUGAACGAAGUUCCAAAGGUACGGUUUUCCCCUCUGGAAAAAGCGCCAAAAGCAAAAAAUGAAGCCCUGAUUUUUUUAUUUAAAUUUUUUGAACUUCGGUUCCUUGUAACUUAAGCAUCGAAUCGUUGCCGAUUUGAAUUUGUGAAAUGUGCUCCUUGGAGAACGAUUAAGAGAAGGAAAGAGGAAACUCACCAGGCGAAGUGUGUGUGUGUAUGUUUUUAUAAAUUUGCCAAUUUUUUUUUUUUUUUGUAAAUUUUAUCGAUUGAUGAAGAAGUAUCGCCGAUGGCUGAGGAUUGUGAUCCUCUCUUUGCUUUCUUUAUCUGUACUGGCUCCAAUCGUGGUGGUUUCUUUCAGACUCAAAACCCUCACUUCCAUCGGCAAGAAGGAUUUCAUUGAGGAUUUGGCUAGUAUUAAGCAUAGGGCAGAUAAUUUAAGAUUCAAUGCAAUUGAACAGGAAGGUGCUGAAGAAUUAAAAGGAAAAGAGAAGCAUCAAAUUCAACAGAGUACGGAAGGGGUGAACUCCACGGAAAAGGAGCAACCUAAUCAAGACACAGGCGGAUCUGAUCAGCAUUUGCCGUCUCCACCUCGCGGGGCGGAUGAGAAGGUAAGGAAGAUGAGAGAUCAGCUCGUUAGAGCAAAAGCAUAUUUAAGUUUUCACCCACCAAAUACCAACUCUCACUUGAUGAAAGAGUUGAGAAAUCGAAUCAAAGAGAUCGAACAAGUAAUUGGUGAAGCCAGCAAGGAUUCUGAAUUACCACGGAGUGCUAAUCAGAAAAUGAGAUUAAUGGAGUCUGCAUUGGGCAAAGCGAAUCGUGCAUACCCUAGCUGCCCUCAGAUGGCUAACAAACUUCGUGCCAUGGCUAAUAAUGCGCAACAACAGAUUCGGUCACAGAGAAAUCAAGAGUCAUAUCUUGUUCAACUUGCUGGAAGGACUACCCCUAAAGGCCUUCACUGCCUCUCCAUGCAGCUGACGGCUGAAUAUUUUUUCCUUCAACCAGAGGACAGGCAGUUUCCUAACCAAGAAAAGUUGAUUGAUCCAGACCUUUAUCACUAUUCAGUAUUCUCUGACAAUAUUCUGGCUUGUGCUGUUGUUGUUAACUCCACAAUUUCCUCUGCAAAGGAACCAGAGAAAAUUGUUUUUCAUGUGGUGACUGAUUUUCUCAACCUCCCUUCAAUUUCAAUGUGGUUUUUAUUAAACCCUCCAGGCAAAGCUACGAUCCAUGUUCAGUGCAUAGACGAUUUUGAUUGGUUAUCUACCAAGUACAUUUCAACAUUGGCAGAACAGAAGUCCAGUGAUCCUAGAUAUACUUCCGUCCUCAACCAGCUUCGGUUUUAUCUGCCAGACAUCUUUCCAGCACUGAAUAAGAUCGUGCACCUUGAUCAUGAUAUCAUAGUGAAAAAAGAUUUAACUGAAAUUUGGAGUGUUGACAUGAAGGGAAAAGUAAAUGCAGCAGUGGAGACUUGUACAGAAAGCGAACCUUCUUAUCGUGCGAUGCAUAUGUUUGUGAACUUUUCAGACCCGUUUUUGGAACAGAGGUUUAAUGCCAGUGUUUGCACAUGGGCAUUCGGCAUGAAUUUGUUUGAUCUCCAAGAAUGGAGAAGAAGAAAUUUAACCGGGUUAUACCGUGAUUACUUGCAACUGGGACUUGAAAGGCCAUUAUGGAAGGCAGGAAGUUUGCCCAUAGGUUGGAUUACCUUCUACAACCAGACUGUACCUUUAGAAAAGAGAUGGCACAUGCUCGGUCUAGGUUCCAACACUGAUCUCAGUUCAGAUGAUAUUGAGAACGCCACAGUCUUACACUACGAUGGGGUCAUGAAACCCUGGUUGGAAAUCGGAAUCACUAAAUACAAAGGCUAUUGGACCCAACAUUUGCAGUACGACAAUCCUUACUUUCAACAGUGCAAUAUCAAUAACUAAAUUUGACGAUCACAACAUACAAAGUGAAGAUUUCUUUGAUUCAUACCAAAUUACUAGUUGCAUCUCAAUUGAUCUGAUUCUUUAACCAUCAUUUCAUGUAAAUGUAAACUUAUUUUUUCUCCCAUCUUUAUUACGGCUGUAAUCUUUUAGGGGUUGAGUCAAAUUUUAUGGUCAUAAAUUUCAUAGAGGGAUUGCUGUAUUGGAGGUAUAUACAUUUUGUACAUAAUUCAUAUCAUCACAAUAAUUCCACUA